GCAUGGCAACCCGGUCCUGGCUCCUUGGCUCCUUGGCUGCUUCGCUCCUGGCUGUCCGGCUGUUGUGCUAUGCUGGUUAAUCGGGUAUUCUUGCCGACCCUGUUAGCAGUAGCCAGUGCUGGUGCUUUCGUGGUCCCGUACCCUCGAAUGACUGAAAUGAUGACAGAGUCGAGCCGGUCCAGCGGGCAUCAAGCAGCAGGUCCUGCCGAAGAUGCAGGUGGCGCCGUCAAAGCGCAAGGGAUCGGCCUUGAAGGACUGGGUGCGGUAGCCUCGCAGUACGAUGCCUUUCUCAUAGACCAGUGGGGUGUCAUGCACGACGGGAAGACGCCAUACCCAGGCGCCGUGGACUGCAUCGAUCGCUUAAGCAAAGCGGGCAAGAAAAUUGUCCUGUUGAGCAAUUCCUCCAAGCGGAAAGGGGCCGCGUUGCGCAAUCUGGAAAGGAUGGGAUUCUCCACGGGUUCUAUUCUAGACGUGGUGACAAGUGGACAGAUUGCGUGGGAUGGGCUGCAGGACCGAGUGGAUGAGCCGUUCAAGUCUCUCGGGGCAAAGUGCCUCGUGUUCGGCAACGGCGACGAUGACCUAGAGUAUGUGUCCAGCUGCGGCUGUACGUUGGCGGAGGUUCAAGACGCCGACUUCAUCCUCGCCAGGGGAUCUUUCGUAGUGGCCGACUCCAACGGGACUAGGCGCUAUACCCCUACGGUCAUGACCGGGGAAGGCAAGGAGGAGACACACAAAGCGAUGCGGCUCAUGCUGGAGAGAGGGGCACCCAUGCUAGUCACUAACCCAGAUUUUCUGCGGCCUGGCACAAACGAUCCAAUGCCGGGGUUGAUCGGAAAGGCCUACGCCGAGAUGGGUGGCACGGUGCACUACAUCGGCAAGCCACACCCAGCGGUGUACCAGGCGUGCUUCCAUGCUCUCGCUACCGCCAAGGAGAGUGCGCCCCCCCCCGAUGCUCCGACCAGGGCUAAGAUUGUUGCGGUGGGAGACUCUCUCCCGCAUGAUAUCCUCGGGGCGCUUCGGGCACAACUAGCUUCCGUUUUCGUGGCAGGAGGGGUGCAUUUCGACGAGUUGAGGGUGGAGCAGGGGGGUGCGGGUGUUCCUAGCGACGAGGCGUAUUCGGCGGCGUUUUCGAAGCACUUGGAAGGGGAGGGCACGCCAACGCACGUCAUGCCGGCCUUUCGGUGGUGA